CCUGUCCUUACCCAUAUUCAAAGAGCCGGUGUCUUAGCGACGAAGCGCGUUAAGACUUGUUUUGCUUUUAAUUUAACAAUUUGGGUAACCAAGCGACAGUUCACAACUUAUUGUACUACGUGUCCGUAGUCGAUUUUUUUAUAAUUACACUACUCGGUAUUUCCUCUCACUGGUACUGGAUACGGAGGCGUUUAUGUUCAAGGACCUAAUACGAGUCUUAACAAGAUCCGGAUGACAGAGGAUUCCUGCCGCAUUUGAAACGUGGAUCACGCGCUCGAGAGUGGAGUUUUGGAAUAUUUGUGCAAUAUUCGCCUCCAAUUUUGUGGAUUACAGGAAUGCUGCUGUCGAAAUUGAACUCAUUUGCUCAUAUCUCCACCGUUGAUAUGCCUGCGAAAAUACAGCUUCAAGUUCACCAAGGAAAGGAGAAGGAGCCUUUCGAUAAGCUUUACCAGGUCGGCUCUGUUCUGGGAAGUGGCGGUUUUGGAACCGUGUAUUCUGGCACAAGAAAUUCAGAUGGAGCAUUGGUUGCGGUAAAACAUGUAGCCAAGGAUCGGGUGUCGGAGUGGGGAGAGCUGCCAAAUGGGUCUCGUGUCCCCAUGGAGAUUCUACUUUUGAAAAAGGUUGGAAAUGGAGCUAGGGGAGUGAUAAAGAUGCUGGACUGGUACGAGCGACCAGACAGCUUUAUUAUCGUCAUGGAACGGCCAGAGAACGUCAAGGACCUGUUUGAUUUCAUCACUGAGAAAGGUGCCUUACCGGAGGAGCUUGCAAAGAACUUUUUCCGUCAAGUCCUUGAAGCUGUUCGACACUGUCACAACUGCGGUGUUGUACACAGGGAUAUCAAGGACGAAAAUAUUCUCAUUGAUCUUCGGACGAGCGAAAUGAAGCUCAUCGACUUCGGUUCCGGGGCAUUGCUUAGAGACACUGUUUAUACUGACUUUGACGGCACCAGAGUCUAUAGUCCACCUGAAUGGAUCAAGUACCAUCGAUACCAUGGGCGAUCUGCCACCGUUUGGUCUCUGGGUGUCCUGCUGUAUGACAUGGUGUGUGGAGAUAUCCCCUUUGAGCAAGAUGAGGAGAUUGUACGAGGCCAGGUGCUGUUCAGACGAAGAAUCUCUCCAGAGUGCCAGCAGUUGAUCAAGUGGUGCCUGUCCCUGCGGCCGGCUGAUCGGCCAUCGUUUGAGGACAUUUUGAAUCACUCGUGGAUGAAGAGCACCAUGUCCCCAGUAGAACAGAAGACCGAGAUCAGACUCCACAGCAUCAGCCAUGAGCCAGCUGCCUUCACCACCGUGGUGGCCCAGUGACUGACCGACUGUUAAUACACACAGAGGAGUGGCCUGGCUGGACACUGAAGACAAUAUGGACUAUACAGAAGGAAGUUACAGAUUUCUUUUGAAAUCCCUCUCUUGUGGCCAGACCCCAACUGUUAACUCGCCUGUUGGACGUCAUGGAAACCAAACAUCCUUAAUUGGACACUGUAGUAGCAAAAGCUAUUCUAAACCCUGAGAAUGACUUGCUCUUUAAUUUGGUUGAGGUUGGCAUACAUCAGAAAGGACCAAGUCCACCCCUACUCAUGUGAGUGUUCUGCUGAAGGACUGAACAGGUGGACAGUCUUACCUGACUAGCUAGUAAGUCAGAGGAACAAUGAGGAGCAAAUGGAAGUGCCUUCAGUGAGAGUAUGAUUGUUGGGGACCCUGGAAAUACUUGAAUUACAUGAAGCCAACAUACCACUUCUUAAAAAAAGAAAUCUAAUACUUUAUUUCUGUAUUUCUCUCAUAGGCCUAGAUCAGUAAAGCCUAUGCUAUAUUUAAAUGUCAAAAGCAACCAGACAACCUCAGUACACACAAUCCUGUGCAAACAAAAAACGGAAGACUUACCUCACUUUUCUGCGUCCGCCACCUUUUAAAUCCUCUUCGCAACCUUUUCCCUGACCGGAAUACAAACUGCAAUGCAAAACACCAUACUGAAAUAGAAAAUGUUCUGCUCUUUUGGUAAUGUGUGAUCAUGUGUCUUUCACCUUACUGGCCAGGAAUGAUGCCAUUGUAAAUAAUAUUUAUUUUGGAUUUUCUCUCACUCACUAUGUGGAGUUAUUUAUUUAUUUAUAGAGAAUUUCGGCUGAAUAUUUCAUUCCACAGUUAGAAGGGCUCAUUGAUUUUAUUUAAACAUUUUGACCAUAUUUAUGGCGUAAUCUAAUGAGCAGGUGUAUAUAUUUGUGUAAAUAACCUUCAAAGCACUUCCAUUUUAAUGUAUGUAAUAUUGAAAGUGUCCUGCUGUGCAACUGUGCUGCAUACAUCAAUACCUAGUUGCAUGAUUGCAGCUUGGAUUAUAAUUUUUUCUUCCUCCAUCUGAAUUACAAUUGUAAAUUGUUUAACUAUUUUUUAUACAAUUUCAAUAAAUAUUUUUUUAACUGA